GAAAGCUAGAUUUCACCAAAAGACAGCUCUCCCUCCCCCCCAAACAAAAAGACCCACUCUCCUUCUCCUUCUUCUUACAGGGGUCCUGAAAUUCUUCUCUCUUCUCCUAACCAGUUCUUGCCCUUGAAGCCGAAGGAGAUCCAUCUUGUGCGAUCGAGUUGGUUGGAUUGGUUGAAUUGGUAAAUAGGAACUGGAACGAGGGGUAGAAUUGGAAAGAAGGGAGUAUCUGCAUGAACUGGUUGGGAAAGCUGGGUUACUAUUUCCUGUCCUCCAAUUCGAACCAUUUCUUAACGCAAUUGUUAAUAUUUUUUCUUCAUUACUCUCCUCAAUCAUUUCCAUCUUUUUGUAAUUUUUUUCAUUUUAAAGCUAUAAAUUCCUUAUUAAUUACCCAUAAUCUCAAUCCUAAUUUAAUUUCUAACCUUAAUCCCCGAUUCUCAUUCAAUCAUGGAGUCUGGACUCAGGAGUAAUCGAUCUCAAUUGCGUAGAGGUCUUUGUUUUUCUGAUGCUGAGAGAAGGGAAGCAUCGUCACGAUCAGUGAUUGUGAUAGGUGGUGGUAUGGCUGGUAUUGCAGCUGCUCGUGCUCUUUAUGAUGCUUCAUUUCAGGUUGUAUUGUUGGAAUCUCGGGACAGACUUGGUGGUCGAGUUCACACCAAUUACUCAUUUGGUUUUCCUGUUGACUUGGGUGCAUCAUGGUUGCACGGUGUUGGUCCAGAGAAUCCCUUGGCCCCUUUGAUUGGAAGGCUGGGACUACCCUUGUACCGAACUAGUGGCGAUAAUUCUGUGUUGUAUGAUCAUGAUCUUGAAAGCUAUGCUCUCUUUGACAUGGAUGGUAAUCAGGUUCCUCAGGAAUUGGUCUCCGAGGUUGGAGAAACUUUUGAGAUUAUUCUAAAAGAGACAGAAAAAGUAAGACAAGAAUAUAGCGAAGACAUGUCCAUAUCCAAUGCAUUUUCAAUUGUUUUUGAAAGGAGACCAGAACUAAGGCUGGAGGGACUCGCUCAUAAGGUGCUUCAAUGGUACUUAUGCAGAAUGGAAGGAUGGUUUGCUGCGGAUGCCGAUACCAUUUCCUUAAAGUGCUGGGAUCAGGAAGAACUUCUUCCAGGUGGGCACGGGCUUAUGGUGAGGGGCUAUCUUCCUGUUAUAAACACUCUUGCUAAAGGACUUGAUAUCCGGUUGGGCCACAGAGUAACAAAAAUCGUUAGGCGUCAUAAUGGUGUGAAGGUAACAACUGAAGAUGGGAGGACAUUUAUGGCAGAUGCUGCUGUCAUUGCUGUUCCUCUUGGAGUGCUCAAAUCAAGGACCAUAACUUUUGAACCUAGACUUCCAGAUUGGAAGGAAGAAGCGAUUAAGGAUCUUGGAGUGGGAAUUGAGAAUAAGAUUGUGUUGCACUUUGACAAGGUGUUCUGGCCAAAUGUGGAGUUCUUGGGAGUCGUUUCAGAGACAUCAUAUGGCUGCAGCUACUUCCUAAAUCUUCACAAGGCUACUGGUCAUUCUGUUCUUGUCUAUAUGCCAGCCGGACAGCUUGCCAAAGACAUUGAGAAAAUGUCUGAUGAAGCAGCUGCCAAUUUUGCUUUCAUGCAACUCAAGAAGAUUCUACCUGAAGCCUCUGACCCGAUUCAGUAUCUUGUUUCUCGAUGGGGCUCAGACGUUAACUCACUUGGUUCCUAUAGCUAUGAUACAGUAGGCAAACCCCAUGAUCUGUAUGAGAGGCUAAGGGUACCAGUGGAUAACCUAUUCUUUGCAGGAGAGGCGACAAGUGCAAGCUACCCAGGGUCGGUGCAUGGUGCAUUCUCGACUGGACUGAUGGCUGCAGAAGAUUGCAGGAUGCGUGUUUUGGAGCGCUAUGGGGAGUUAGACUUGUUCCAGCCAGUCAUGGGCGAGGAGGCGGCAGUAUCUGUCCCACUUCUCAUCUCCCGUAUGUGAUUCUGGGGUGGGGGUAGUGUUAAGGUAAUUUUAAGUACGUGGAUUUGUUAGCAUGGGAUCUGGGGUUGACACGGUGUUGCAUCAUUGCCAUUGGGAGUGAGCAAUUAAUGUGUAGUCUUUCCUGUGUUGUAGUAUAGUAUAUAUGUACGUAAUAGAGUCUGGCCUUGGUGUGAUGCUGAAUUGCUGAUUUUGUUAUAAGACUGGCCUUUACAUAAAACUGAACAGAACCUUCCCUACUCA